AUGGCACAUACUGGCCAUGUAUGGGAUUGUGGUGUUUUUGCUUGCGCUGAUACCUGCUAUGAAGUUGUGGUGAGCUUUGACUUUGCUUUGCUUGUACGGAUUGUUCGUGAUAGUGAUGCGCGGAUUCUAAGGUACUCGGGGCAGCUCUUGAAUAUCGUUCAGACCGCCGUAGAGAACAGAGUUGUUGAUAAAGAGGCACUCAUCCGCAUCGCAGGCGGGCACGUCCUUGCCUCUCUCAUAUCCCGCAUAUUGGGCAACUUCCGCCAACGAUUGACCGCGAUUCUGAAUGGACGCAUCAGGCGAUAUUACUCGGUGCACACGUUCCACGCGAUGGCGAGGCUCGAUGUGCCCACCUGGGAGGAUCCUGUCGUCUCUGAACAGGUUGACGCGACAUUGCCGACGAGCCGGAGCAGCAUCGCCUGGACGGCGGUGAACAGCCUGGUCGGCGUCGGGUCGGUGCUCGUCAAGCUUCUCUCUCAGGUCACCGUGUUGAUCUCGGUCUUGAGGGAGCAGCGCGACGGGCCGCUGCUCGCGAUUUUGUGCUUCGCGGAGCAGAUCUUGGUGCUGUUCAAGUCUGAGCCAAUGAACUCUGCGACUGGAGUCUGGGCGGCCACGGCUGCUGAUAAAGACUUUGUAAAGAGCGAGGGGCUGAAGAAGCUCCUUACUGGCGACCGCCAUCGCAAAGAGCUUGUCGCAGGCAAUCUUACCGACAGUCUCACAGCGCAAUAUCGGGAGCUCACAGGCAGGCUCGGUGAUCGAGGUGGAGACUUCUGGGGUUUGUACAAUGAGUGGAAAAUGAAACAUUCGAACAACUUUAUGAGUUUGCUUCGUGAACCGUUAAGCGCGCUGCCUCAGAUUGUUUUUACGCUCCGAGCUGUCCAAUACCCUACCUCCGUUCCACUCUCCCUUGCGUCUCUAAGUCUGAUCCAACAAACGUCGUUGUCCUUCUCAGCGACGAUUACGCAGUUUUUGAGCCAGGUCGGCUCCGUUUCAAACCGCCUGUCGAGCCUGCGUCAGUUGUAUGAAGUUGCCAAUAUUCCUAAUAGAAUACAAGAUGGAAACGCGCCGUUCCCUGAAGACCCGCAGACUAUCCGUGCCGGCAUCUCCUUGGAGUUCAGGCACGUUUCAUUCCAGUACGCUGGGAGCGAGGAUCAUGCGCUCCGAGAUGUCUCGUUCAAGAUGGAGCCAGGCCAACUCUGUGUCAUCGUAGGGGCGAACGGCUCUGGGAAAAGCACGAUCUUGAAGCUAGUCGCGCGCAUAUACGACCCAACCGAGGGUGUGAUCCUUCUCGACGGAAAAGAUAUCAAGACACUGCGACUAGCCGACCUACGGCGCGCGAUGGCGAUCCUGUUCCAAGAUUACAGCCAUUUCCCUCUGUCCAUAAGGGAUAACAUCGCUCUCGGGGAUCCCGAGUGUGUGCCGGACGAGGAUAAGGUCCGCGAGGCUGCGCGUCUCGGCGGCGCGCUCGAGUUCAUAGAGCGCCUACCGGAAGGGCUCGACACGUACCUCGAGCGACCGGUACGCGACGUGUACUCGACUCUGCCGGAGGGCACGCAGACGCUGUUCGGGCGGCCAGUGGAGUACGGGAGUGUGCGAAGCUUUAUGAGCGGCGACUCGCCGAACAAAAUGAUGUUGAGUGGGGGACAAAUGCAACGGCUUGCGGUGUCUCGGACGUUUAUGCGCUCUUCGGUUUCAGAUCCCAAGGUCGGCCUUCUAUUAUUUGACGAGCCAAGUGCGUCGCUGGAUCCCACAGCUGAACACGAUCUAUUUGCGCGGCUGCGCGAGCUGAGGGGAAAUAAAACGAUGGUCUUCUCGACGCAUCGAUUCGGUAAUCUGACGCGUCAUGCCGAUAUCAUCCUGUACAUGAACGACGCGGCCAUCGUGGAGGUGGGGACGCACAACGAGCUGAUGAAGUGCGAAGGCGAGUAUGCGCGCUUGUGGCGCAUGCAAGCCGAGGCAUUUCUAUGA